UAGAAGCUGUAUUUUAAGUGUUGGUGCAACAAGGGAAUAUUUCUAUGUGACGCUGAUCCUCGAGUAGCUUGGAUACAUAUAGAUGGAAAUGUAACUUGGAUGUACGGUGGUCGUUGACAAGUAAAUUAAUGUUGUUGAUGUGAUGAAAGGAGAAAGGACAUGAUGGCUGACAAUCUUAUGCAGUCACCCGAGAACUGGACUGAAUCUCAAGUGAGCACCUGGCUACGAACACUUUGUGUGAAAGAACAAUACAUAAAGAAGCUCUUUGAAGAAGAAGUAAAUGGACUAGUCCUUCUUACACUUGAUGAGGACUCCUUGAUGACAAAGAUUGGCAUGAAAUUUGGGCCUACUCAUAUGAUUAUCCAAAAAAGAAACGAGCUCUUCAAUUCCAAGCAAAACAGUCAGCAGAAUGCAAAGCCUACCCGUUCUAAAAAAACUAAGCUGCAGCAGAAAAACAAUUCAAAAUCACUUCAUUGUCUUGCUUCAAGUGAAGUUCCUUCUGGACAGGUACAUGCAAGAGAUAAGUGUGCCUCAGAAGAAAGUCAAACCCCCCAACAACCGUGCAUAUUGACUUCAAAGGAAAACUGCAAACCACGGCCAUUUGAUCAAGAAGGCAUUGAUUUGAUAUACGUAAAGCACAGAGUUCUGCAACCAGAAUCGGGAGCUUUUGAUUUGAUCUCUCCCUGCCAUGAAUUCAAAUCUUUUGCUAUAGCUGCUGAAUUGGAUCGCACAAGACUGCAAGCUAAGUUUGCCAAAGAGGUUCUAAAAUUUGCAACUGGUUGUAUGAAUAUCCGAUCAAACGGCACAAUACAUUUCGGUGUGAUGGACAGCAAGGAGGAUACAGGAUAUGUGCAUGGUGAGGUAGUUGGCAUCCCAGUAAAAGACAAAGACAUUUAUGUGGAUGCUUUGGACGACAUUGAAAAGUGUUUCUCAACUGACAAAGAGCAUGCGCGCCAUUGUGUGCGCCCACCAAGGUUCAUUGAGGUUAUGGAUCGAGAAAGUACAGCAAAAAACUAUGUGGUGGAGGUUGACAUUGUGCCUUCAGUCUACAUUCUUAAGGGCAAGGUUCAUGCAGUUCUUUUGCCAAACUUCAAUGAGGCAGCAAACAAAGUACAAUAUGAGAAAAAAGCAAUUCUGCGAAGGGUAGGUUCCAAAACAGAACCAGUGAGUGACAGUGAUUUAAGUGAUUUCUUUCAGAGAGUCAAAGAACGGGAUGCUCAAAGAGAAGAGGCAGAGAAAACUCUAGUACUCAGUACUCCAUUCUGCCAAGACCUUGGGAGGAAACUCACAAUGCUAAUAACUAGUGGGAAGAAGUUCAUUGAAAAUGAUAAAUGGUUCAUAUUCAUUACAAACAAAUUCAAACCUGAUGACCUUUCUAACAUUGAGUGGCUGCUUAAUAUGAAGAUCUUAUCUGUGUUUGAUUUUGACCCAGACUCAAAGAUAUCAGGCCUUUGCAGCAAAUACCUUGAGCAUCAUGCUGCAAACAUGCAUUCUCUGCAGAGCUAUAGCAAAUCCAGUGACCGAAGCAUCAAAGGAUUCACAGAAAAAUUGCACCUGUUUGAACAAACUAGCUGGCUGUUCUGCAAUGGCCGUUCUGGCUUUAAAGCAAAUGAAACUCCAUGUGAUGAAAUGACUUGGAUCAAGACAAGAAUGACCCUUUUAAUGGUGUAUGUGUCUUUGAUUUGUAAACAUAUCUUGCCAAAAGGGUCAUUACAGGUCAUUUUUCUUCUCACUUCACCAGUAGAGAAACCUCUCUUGCACACCUUUUAUGGGUUUUUCACGGAAAUGCAAGGCCACACAGACAUCAUCUGCAUCUGUGAAUCAGAAACAAACUUCCAGAGGUGGCAAAGUUUUGCAGAGGAGAUAUGUGGAACAGAAACUGUGAACAAUUUCAGUGUAGUUGGGAUGAAAAUGAGUCACAUUAAUGCAACUAUGCAAAUGAUACAACCAGUAAAAGCCUGUGCUAAAAAACACUUGCCAGUCUUUGUGAAAGGGACAUGUCUUCUUGAAACAAACAGAGAGGAACAUAUGGCUUCUCUGGAAAUACUGACAGUCGCUAAAAAACACUUGCCAGUCUUUGUGAAAGGGACAUGUCUUCUUGAAACAAACAGAGAGGAACAUAUGGCUUCUCUGGAAAUACUGACAGUCAACCAUUGUGAUGACACAAGCAAAGACUUCAUUAAUGAGGAGAAGGCAAAUAUUGAACAGCAGUUUUACCGUGGUGGUAGAGUGACAUGGAUGAACUUUUGGCUCGCUGAGCACAAGUAUGUUGGAGAGGUAAUAGAACGAGAUGCUUAUCAGGAUGUCUCCAAGCUCCUCAUGGAUGUUUUGAAAUUCCCACUGUGA